GCAAUUUGGCAGUUUGAGACGAAUUGCAGUACAGUUAUACAUUGUGGUCAUGUUUUUUGUGUGUACAGCGUAAAGCGAUAAAACUAUGAAGAAUUUGCACAAACCAAGUAACCUGUUGAUUUCGAUAGACUGAAAAGUUGCAUGAAAAAAUAUGAUUAUUUUUCUAUACGAUAUAUAAACCUCAAAAAUUUAAAUUUUUUGAAGCAAGGAUUGCAUAUAUUUGUGAUAAAUUUAUACUCCAGUUUACGUUUGAGUGGAAUUGCGUGAGUACUGUGAAAGUUGUUUAAAAAUGCAUGUGUUGUGAUGUGAUUGCCGGCGCUUCAACAAGAAAAAAAGUGAGAUACAAUGGCUAGGUACCAUUAGCCUUCAGAUUGUAUGUACAUUCCUGCUGAACGGUUCCGGGAAAUUGAACACCAGCGAGCGGCAUGCUAUCAGAAUCUAAAUCUGGUGCUGCAUUCUGACCGCUCAGUUCUGUGGCUCUCUCUCUCUAUCCCAGUGUGUGUGUUUAUUCGCCUUCAUCGUCGUCUGCCCUUUACACCGCUUGAACUGCCUGUUGGUGGUAUAGGAUCUAUGUAGUGAAAUUAAAAAGCUUCUGAAACCAGCAUUGCCAGAUCGAUUUAGACAGCACGAACUUCACGUUUCGCAUCACACGAGCAGCGGAUCGCAAAAAAAAACAAAUAUCGCAGCAAAACAUUAAAUCCACUGUCCACAGGUUUAACCGUUUCGCGCGACUAUUGCGCUGGCUAGUUGACCAAUGACGACAGUGACCGCGAACUAAGCCAAACUGAAAUCAACCUUCUGAUUUCGGAUAGUCUACGAGCCACGUAGAAAGAAGGAGCUUCAUCAUCAUUAUGAGGAAUUGAUGCACUGCGAAAUGCGAAACUCGUUCUCGCGAAACUUGAUUGUUUGAUUAUGAUCGCACGGUAAAUUUCUUGAGCAACACGACUCUGGCGGCGACGACGGUGGAGGCGAACAGCAGUUUCAUAGGAAGCUCGCGUCGGUCGGUCGUGGUCUACCGAUUCGUGUUUUAUGUAUCGGAACUUGCUGACUGGUGUGAGUGGGUGGUCAGCCAGGGCUCCGCGAGACAUCCGUUGCUUUUCGCCGGGCCGGUGACUAUGAUUGCCUUCACCGGAAGUGAGAAUUAUCCCUCCAUUUCGUUGGUGAGCGGUAUUAGCAUUCAUUGAAUGUAAUUGUUGUUUUGUGUGAUUUCCAGCUCAUUUGCAUAGCUCUGUAUUAAUACGCACAAAACAGCGGGGGGUCGGAAGGAAAAGGCACGUGAUUUUUAUUUGUGUUUUACGCGUUGGGGGUCUGUGAUAUGCAGUGCUAUAGCAUACGAAUUCAAUUCAACCAGAACGAUCGGAAGAGAUCCAUUCAGUAGUGUUUACAUAGCCGUAUGCUACCGUUUUUAGCGGAGUUAGUGUUUCGAUAAAUACAACGAAUGGCAUGCGUAAUUCGUAACGGGGAAGAACAAAAUUAUGAAGUGCUAUGAAUGAGCCAAAUCCUACGUGUUUAUGUGAUCGAAGUGUUUUGUGUUUAAUCUGUGUGCUGUAAUUACGAAAACGUAAAAGAAACCGGCGACACCCCAGUGACCGAAAAUGGGUUUGGCAUCGUCUAAAGCGGCCAGCAGCAUAGCUGCCAGUAACGGUGGCGUCGGUAGUUCCAAAUGUGGCAGUGUGCUUGUAGAAACACACCAUCCGGAUAUUCAACAGCCCUGUUCACUGCUACCGUCGCCAUCGAGUGGCAUCAGUAGUAUUGAUGCAUGGAAACCGUCGAGCUGUCACGUACGUCAGGCUAGUAUCCGGUCGCGGAAUUUACAACCCAUGCCAGACAUUGGCGAGCUGGAUCGUCGGUUCGCGAAAGUGCUGGCUUCCAUGGAUCUACCGCCAGACAAGGCGAAAUUGCUGAAAAACUACGACUGCGAAAAGAAAUGGGACAUUAUCUGCGACCAGGAAAUGGUCCACGCAAAAGAUCCUCCAGCGCACUAUCUCACCAAGCUGCGAACCUACCUGGAUCCCAAGGCCUCGCGAAGUCAUCGGAAACGAAAAAUGGUUGGCGAGUCUACCUCCACGCAGGUCCUGCGGGAUUUGGAGAUCUCGCUGCGCACCAAUCACAUCGAGUGGGUGAAGGAGUUCCUGGAUGAUGAGAAUCAGGGUUUGGAUGCUCUGAUUGACUACCUGAGUUUUCGGCUAGCGAUGAUGCGUCACGAGCAGAGAAUACAGGAAGCAAAAUCCGAAUCGGACGAGGGAUUGAAUCCUAAGGAUACGACCCUAGCGUCGUACGGGAGCAACGAAACGAACCACAAACUCGGCCUGAAUGGGUUUAUGCGACCCGGAUUAGGGGACAUGAUGGACAGUCCUAGCGUGCGGAGAAGGUCAAGGCAUAUUGCCAAGUUGAACAUGGGUUUAACGACGGAUGAUAUUCACGUGUGCAACAUGUGCAUGCGGGCCAUCAUGAACAACAAAUAUGGUUUCAAUAUGGUGCUACAGCAUCGGGAAGCGAUCAAUUGUAUAGCGCUCAGUUUGAUACACAAGUCGCUGAGGACUAAGGCUUUGGUUUUGGAGUUGUUAGCGGCGAUCUGUCUCGUUAAGGGUGGUCACGAAAUUAUACUAUCGGCAUUCGAUAAUUUUAAGGUAGUUUGCUCUGAGCAGCGUCGAUUCCAGACGCUGAUGGAGUACUUUAUGAACUAUGAAUUGUUCAACAUCGAUUUUAUGGUGGCUUGCAUGCAGUUUGUAAAUAUCGUGGUACAUUCCGUGGAAGAUAUGAACUACAGGGUGCAUCUGCAGUACGAAUUUACUGCGCUCGGAUUGGAUGAAUAUCUGGAGAAACUCAGGUUGACAGAGUCUGAAGAACUUCAGGUACAAAUUUCGGCCUAUCUGGAUAAUGUAUUCGAUGUGGCUGCCUUAAUGGAAGACAGUGAAACGAAGACUGCCGCUCUGGAAAGAGUAAAUGAACUGGAAGACGAAUUAGGUCGUGCCUUAGAUCAGGCUAGUGAAAUUGAGAGAGAAGCACUGUUCAAAAUAGGUGAACUCGAAUCGGAACUUAGUCAAACGCGAGCCGAACGAGAUGAUCUGUACAACAAACAACGAACCGUCGAGGAAGACAUUGCGAAACUAAAACGUGCCCUCAAAGAGCACGAACAGGAAUCAAAAAGUCGACAGUCUAUGCUACUGGAGCUUGAAAAUCUCACCAAGACACUGCCAAAAGGUACAUCGAUUGCUGAUGUUUCGAAUCUGUUGGCGAAGGGCGGUAAACUAUCCGAGCUGAGCCCAACGAGUAACGGAACCGACAAAGCACCACCACCUGUUCCUCCUCCACCUGCUCCACCCGUUGCUCCAACGCCACCGCCACCGCCCUGCCCUCCAGCUCCACCCGCGUUGCCAAGCAUGAACGGCGAUGCCCCUCGGGCACCACCGAAGCCACCUUCCUUCAUUCCACCACCGCCGGCUGGUCCGGUUGGUUUUAUGAACUUCGGCGGGGCUAUCCACUGCACCGACGGUGCCAUGACGAUCAAACGUAAAGUACAAACCAAAUACAAACUGCCAACGCUCAAUUGGGUAGCGCUGAAGCCAAACCAGGUACGCGGAACCAUCUUCAACGAGCUGGACGAUGAGAAACUGCACCGGCAGAUCGAUUUUAUUGACUUUGAGGAACGUUUCAAGAUCGGCAUGGGCGGUCCGCUGAUAAAUGGGCGCUGCGAUAUGGACGGUCUGUCCACAUUCCCCAGUAAGCGGUUCAAGAAGCCGGAGCAUAUUUCGCUGCUGGAACAUACGAGAUUAAGAAAUAUAGCAAUCUCUCGCCGCAAACUGGAAAUUCCUGUCGAGAUAGUCAUCAAAGCGAUUAACAAUCUCGACCUCAAGCAGCUCUCGUUGGAAAAUGUCGAGCUGCUGCAGAAAAUGGUUCCCACGGAUCAGGAACAGAAGCUCUACAAGGAAUAUGUGAUAGAGAAAAAGGAUUUGAAUCUUCUCACUGAGGAAGAUAAGUUCAUGCUGCAGUUGACUAAGGUGGAACGAAUUUCCUCCAAGCUGUCCAUCAUGAACUACAUUGGAAACUUUUUCGACAGUUUGCAUCUCAUAAACCCGCAAAUCUACGCCAUUAUAUCCGCCUCGUCUUCGAUAAAAUCAUCGAAAAAAUUCCGCUCGGUGCUGGAGGUUAUUCUCGCAUUCGGAAACUACCUUAACAGCAGUAAACGAGGACCGGCAUACGGGUUUAAGCUGCAGAGCUUGGACACCUUAUUGGAUACCAAAUCCAAUGACAAGCGAAUGAGUUUGAUGCACUACAUUGUUGCGACGGUUCGGCAAAAGUUCCCGGAGCUUAUGAACUUUGAUGCUGAACUAUUCUGCAUCGAUAAGGCGGCGCAAGUUUCGUUGGAGAUUUUGAUCACGGACGUAAGCGAGCUGGAGAAGGGAAUGGAAGCCGUCCGAAAGGAGGCUGAUCUACGAGGGAAGGGUACGCACAAUCACGUGCUACGAGAUUUUCUCAACAAUUCUGAGGAGAAGUUGAAAAAAAUUCGAACAGAUUGUAAAACCGCCCAGGAUUCAUUCAAAGAGUGCAUCGAAUACUUCGGUGAAUCGUCCAGGAGUUCAGAUGCUAAUGCCUUCUUCUCCCUGCUAGUCCGAUUUGUUCGAGCUUUCAAGGCAUGCGAUCAAGAAAACGAACAGCGACGUCGGCUCGAGCUGGCUGCUAUCCAAGCUGCCAACAAGAAGGACGAAAACGAACAAGUCGUUCUGCGGAACAACAAGAUCAACAGCCAGAAAAAGCAACAGGAGGCCGUUAUAAACGAGCUGAAGACGAAAACCAACUCGGUGCGGGAGAAAAAACUGCUCCAGCAGGACGAGGUCUACAAUGGAGCCCUAGAAGACAUACUGCUGGGACUGAAGAACGAACCGUACCGACGGGCGGACGCCGUUCGAAGGAGCCAGCGGCGUAGGAUUGACAGUAAUCGACUUUCGCGAACAAUGGAAGAACUGGAGUUCUAGUGAAGAACAACUAUUAAUGUGAUUUAUUUACUUUACAAUUCCGCACAACACUGCACAAUACACGCAAACACGCAUACAGUUGCUAAGACUUUUCCCCUCUCUAUCUUGUGUAAUUAUUGAUAUAUGAUUGAAACUAAUCUUUUUUUGUAUAUACACCGAGAAUUUUAGUCAUAGGUUUACAGAGAAGACAGUGGAAGAAUGUUGUUAUUUUGUCUCUACUUGUAAGUAGUAUUUUGUUAAUUAUAUUAAUUCAGUACUUUUAUUUAGUAAAGUUUAUGCCUCAUUAUGUACAGGUAUUUUAAAUAACAUUUUGUUAUGUUAUGAUAACAAAAGAAAUCGUCAAUAGUGGGGACAUCUCGUAUGCACAUAUUUUAAAAAUACAAUCAAAUUGAAAACUUGUACGGAUACUCAAA